UUUAGACCUUCUGUAUAAGGUCUGUGUUAACUUGAAUAUUUUGUCAAAUUCACAAUGUGAAAAAUGAAAGGCGUCAAAAACGCGCCUAUAGCAAUGGCAUCUUUUUGUAGGCACUAACCACGGUGGUUCGUUGAAUGAAGCUUUUGGAAAAAUGUAUGGAGUUUUUGGAUAAACGCUGAAAUUAAGGUCUGGUAAGCACAGGCUUAGGAUAUUUUAUACGUUUUGUUCUAUGAUAUAAGCUAAUGUCACUUUUUUAAAGCAUUUAUGUCAUUUACAUUGCAUAAAGGCUUCAUAUUUCAUAAAGGUCGUGUUAUCUCAUAGAACAAAACAUAAGAUUUCAUGAGCCUGUGUUAAUAACCUCGGACCUUAUUUUCGGCGUGUAUUCCAAAAAUCCUAUUUCGACAUUCAUUUUGCCUAUAGAAAUGGCUGAAAGAACCAAAGCUAAAUCAUUUCCUGUUUUUAGGACUACAAGCUGGCAAGCUCCUGACACCAAGUCAUAAACCUCGCCCAUUUCCUUUUAAACCUAACCCUGAAUUUAAAUUAAGAGCAAAAAACAUUUUUUAUGUGUGUGUGUCAAUUUUGACUUUCUCGCUGUGGAAUCUGUGGCUUUAUAGAAGCUCGUGGAACCCCCUGGACUACUCUGAUUUUACUCCGCGCGGGACGCAGCAGAAAAGUUAGUCAGUGGGAAAAAAAACUGUAGCAAGAUGAAGGUGAUAACAUGUGAGAUUGCGUGGCACAACAAAGAACCUGUCUACAGUCUGGACUUCCAGCACAACGCAGAGGGCCGCAUACACAGGCUGGCCACAGCAGGAGUGGACACCACUGUCAGGUUGUGGCGUGUGGAGAUGGGGCCUGAUGGGAAAGCAGUGGUGGACUUCCUGUCCAACCUUGCACGGCACACCAAGGCUGUCAACGUGGUGCGCUUCUGCCCCAACAGUGAGCUGCUCGCUUCUGGAGGAGAUGAUUCAGCCAUCCUGCUGUGGAAGCUGAAUGACAAUAAGGAGCCUGAGCAGGCCCCGUCGUUCCAGGAGGAGGAGGAUAGUCAGCUCAACAAGGAGAGCUGGAGCGUGGUCAAGACCCUGCGGGGACAUAUUGAGGAUGUGUAUGAUAUCAGCUGGACCCGUGAUGGGAACUUCAUGGUCUCUGGUUCUGUGGACAACACUGCCAUUAUGUGGGAUGUAACAAAGGGUCAGAAGCUGUGCAUCUUUAAUGACCAUAAGAGCUAUGUGCAGGGAGUGACCUGGGACCCGCUGGGCCAGUAUGUGGCCACACUCAGCUGUGACAGGGUGAUGCGUGUGUACAGUACUCAGAGCAGGAGGAAAGUCUACAGUGUCAGUAAGAUGAGCUCUGGAUCAGCUGCGGAGGGAGAGGUGAAACAGUACCGAAUGUUCCAUGACGACAGCAUGAGGUCUUUCUUCAGACGCCUCACCUUCACACCGGAUGGCUCCUUCCUGCUCGCCCCAGCAGGGUGUGUGGAGGCGGGGGAGAACAUCACCAACACCACCUACGUCUUCUCCAGGAAGAGCCUCAAGAGGCCCAUAGCUCACCUGCCCUGCCCUGCUAAAGCCACCCUGGCUGUACGCUGUUGCCCCGUCUACUUUGAGCUGAGGACCAAGAAGGGAGAGGAUGGCAGUGCCCAACCCCUGCCCAACACGUUUGGCUUGCCCUACAGACUGGUGUUUGCUGUGGCCUCUGAGGAUUCCAUCUUCCUUUAUGACACUCAGCAGACCCUACCUUUCGGCUACGUCUCCAACAUCCACUACCACACACUCAGCGACCUCACCUGGUCUCGGGAUGGUUCCUUCCUGGCGGUGUCGUCUACAGAUGGCUACUGCUCCUUCCUGUCCUUCUCCCCUGGCGAGCUGGGCACGCCCCUCAAGGAGCCCCCUGUCCUGGAGGUCGUCACCCCUGGCAACGGGCUCGAAAAGAAGGGCAAGAAGGUUGCAACGGCCCGCACGGUGUCCCCCGUCCCCAAAACAACAGAGCGCACCGCCCCUAUUCACCCCACCCCUAAAGAGGCCCCCAGCACCCCCAUCUCCUCCCUCACCUCCCCUGGCCCCCCCGUGACCCCUGGGGGAGAGGAGAAGAAGAACCCUGGUAGGGCCAAGACCAAGCCCCGUAGGAUCACCCUCAACACCCUGGAGGGGUGGGGCAAGCCCAGCACCCCCAAAGCACCUGCUGCUAGUGCCCCCAAAACCCCCACCAUGGCCAGCACCAGCACACCCUCCACCCCUCAGCAGCCUCGCCUCACCCUCUCUACCCCCAACACCCCCCUCGCCCCCUCUAUAACCCAGCCCUGCCUCACGCCAAAAGCCCAAAGCAGCAGUGGUAAACCCCUGGGCCCCAGCACCCCUAAAGCUAGCACCACCCCUAAAGGGCCUGCCCCCAGACGGAUAUCUCUGACUCCUGUCAUCUCCAGAUCUCCAGCUGCCUUCAGCACACCCUCCUCCACAGAGAAAGCCAAACAUGAACGGCCCUCUCCCCCCACUGACCCUGUGUGCCAGCCCCCAGAGUCCAAGCGGACCAAAACCAACACCCUGGCAGGCAAGACAGGGGUGGCUCCAGCCUCAGGGUCAACACCCAAACCCUAAGGACCCCAUGUUACUAAGAACACUGAAGCACGAGUACAGAGCAGCACAGAGAGUGGUGUCAACAUGCAACUCACAUAUUAUCCUCCUACACACACACACACUUUGAGUUUAGCUUACUGAACUGCAUAGACUGGUGUUGUCAGCUAAAACACACAAGUUCACAGAGCGAAGACUGGCAUUUUUCUUCUAACGUUAUUAUGUAACUUCACGUUCUCAAUCUGUAGCUCUUUUUGGUGGAUAACUAGGUUGUGAAAUUUAAAUAAAGGAUAUGAAACAAAAAGUUUAAAAUAAGAUAAACCACCUUAGUCUAAAAGAAGCCUAGAUCACGUAUGAAACUCAAUGGUCAUUGACUUUUAGUCAGAAUUAUUGUCUAAGUAUUAUAUUAGUACACUAUAUAUACAGUGCCUUUUGGAAAGUAUUCAGACCACUUGACUUGUUACACAUUUUCUAAUGCGACAGCCUUAUUCUCAAAUGUAUUACAUAAAACAUUUUCCUCAGCAAUCUACACACAAUACCCCAUAAUGACAAAGUGAAAACAUGUUUUUAGACAUUUUUGCAAAGUUAUUAAAAACAAACCUUUUCUA